CCGAGUUUCGAGCUUCACGAAGAUGCUGCUGACAGUGCAGACGGUGACGAAGACCACGAGAAUCUCGAGGUGACGUUUGAUCCAUCAAACCCGUACCGACGAAAGAGUUCCCUCGUCGCAUCCGAGACGACAUCCCCGCGUCUGAAGAGCGCGCAGCAGCUGGCCGAGUCGACACGGGGCGAGUGUCUGGUCCACCACUUCCUCGACAACCAGCGACGUCCGCCGGACGGAGCCAAUGUGACGGCCGGGCAGCCGGACCAGCAGGCGUGGACGAGCGAGAUGACCAAGAGCGUCUCGGAGCUGGACCUGACGAGCUACUCGGACGACGUGCGCAGCCGGAUGCUGUCGAAAAAGCAGCUGAGCGACAUGGCGUGGGGGGUGCGCGAGCUGAGCCGGCGCCUGAGCAGCAUGCGCAUCCGGUUCCACGUACGGUCCGUGUUUCUCCUCACCAAGAUCUACGACCAGGAGCUGCUCCCCAAGACGAGGGAGCUGACGCGCUGGCUGCUGCACAAGGAUCGCGACACGCCCUACGUCGUGUACCUGGAGGACAAGCUCCGGACGAACAAGAGGUUCGACGUCGAGGGCCUGCUGGACCAGGUGGCGGCCGAUUACGCGUCAGGCCGGGACGAGGACGGCGGGCCCAUCAGCUACGAGGCCGCCCGGUCUUCGGUGGCCGCGCGCCUGCGCUACUGGGACGAGAGAAUGUGCCGCCAGCGUCCGCACACCUUCGACUUCGUCAUCACCCUCGGCGGCGACGGCACCGUCCUCUACGCCUCGUGGCUCUUCCAGCGCAUCGUGCCCCCCGUCCUCAGCUUCUCCCUCGGCAGCCUGGGCUUCCUCACCAAGUUCGACUUUGACAGCUUCGCCCCGACCCUGACCUCGGUCUUCCGCAGCGGCGUCACCGUCAGCCUCAGGCUGCGCUUCGAGGGCACCAUCAUGCGCAGCCAGCCGAUAAGGGACACGUCCGAUCCCGCCACGGGCGACGAGAGCAGCGGUCCGUCCACGCCCUCCGAGGCCCUACCCGCAAGUGGAAGUGGAGGUGACAACCAGGCCGUGGUGCAUCAGUAUCAGCACGAGCGCCAUCAUCAUCAUAGAGAGAGGCGCGACCUGGUGGAGGAGCUCGUCGGCGAGGAGAAGGAGGAUGUGCGCACACACAGGCCUGGCGAGACGUUUGAGAUCCUCAACGAGAUUGUCGUAGAUCGGGGGCCCAACCCGACAAUGUCGAGCACCGAACUCUUCGGCGACGACGAGCACUUCACCUCCAUCCUGGCCGACGGCAUCUGCGUGUCCACCCCCACAGGGUCGACGGCCUACAACCUCGCCGCGGGCGGAUCCCUCUGCCACCCGGAGAACCCGGUCAUGCUGGUGACAUCCAUAUGCCCACACGCUCUGUCCUUCCGCCCCAUCAUCCUCCCGGACACCAUGGUCCUGCGCGUCGGCGUGCCCUACGACGCGCGCACGUCGUCGUGGGCCAGCUUCGACGGGAGGGAGCGCGUCGAGCUCCACCCGGGAGACUACGUCACCAUCAGCGCCAGCAGGUACCCCUUCGCCUCGGUCCAGGCCGAGGGCCGUCGUAGCGAGGACUGGAUCAAUAGUAUUAGCGGGAAACUGGGCUGGAAUACGAGGCAGAGGCAGAAGGGGUACAAGGAGUGGGAUAAAUAG